AUGCAUUUCGCGAGCUGUAUCAAAAUUGUCCCAGCUACCUCGAACGACAAUGGCAAUCAGCGAGCUCUGGGGUUCAUCAAAUAUGAGAAAAAGACCGGCCGAGUCAUCUUGACCAACUCCUGCAUGCAACUUCCCCUCGAGUCUCUCGUGAUGGGGUUCACAUCCAAGGACGACGACGAGCAGCUGGCAGGCUCCCAUGGCGAGGGGCUCAAGCUGGCUGCGUUAAUAAUGAGUCGAGACGGAUACAAAGUGAGCUUGGCUGCAAGCCACCGUAAGUGGAGUUUUGGUCUGCAUGGGAAGUAUCAGUCUCUCCGUUGUGUCAUCACUCCUUCCCGAAAGAUGAGUCCCGCCAUUCAACGAGAGCCAGCUGAUGAUAUGGCAAAACUGCGCUUCCACGUUGAAAGAGACAUCACGGUGGUGAUUGGGGCUGGACGUGCCAGUCAAAGUCGACCGGUAUCAUCUGAAACGUUCUUCGAGUGGCUGCAUAUUACUCUCGAUAUCCUCGGGCUCUCCUAUCCCUCGUCGAUUGUAGAGACACAUCAAGGAGACUUGCUUCUCGAUUCGCAGUUUCACGGAAAGCUCUUCCUGCAUGGGAUCCUGCUACCAAUUUUGGUUACAACUUUGCUCUGGGCAAGUUCAGCCGUGAUCGUCAAGGACUGA